UCCCAGCCCUACGCGGCACGCCAUUAGCUGGCGCGGUGGAGUCCUCCGUUACCAGGCCUUGGGCGGCUCGGAUGAGGCCUCAGGCGGCGGCGCGAGACAGCGUGCAGCAUGGUCUGAGACGGCGAACAUGGACUUCUCUCGGCUGCACACCUACACCCCACCCCAGUGUGUGCUGGACAACACUGGCUACACUUACGCACUUAGCUCCAGUUACUCCUCUGAUGCUCUAGAUUUUGAGAGUGAGCACAAAUUGGAUCCUGUAUUUGAUUCUCCAAGGAUGUCCCGUCGUAGUUUACGCCAGGCCACGACAAAUGGCCAGUCUGUGGACGCAUACUCAUUGCCUGGCAGGGCUGCCCCCGUCAAGGAGACAGCAGCCAGAAUAGCCAAACAGCACAGAAGUGCAAGUAAGCCAGCUUUCAGCAUCAACCACUUGUCGGGGAAGGGCGCAUCCUCAAGUUUCAGCCAGAACAGCUCUUGUAGCUCGUGGAGUAUUGGGACAUCGCGGCCUCUUGUUCUGGAUGAGUCUCUAAUUUGUGAGCAGACCAAAGUGGACCACUUCUGGGGUCUUGAUGAUGACGGCGACCUUAAAGGUGCAAAUAAAGUCCCCACUCAGGGAAAUGGUGACUUGUCAGCAGAUGUGGCAGCCAGCAACGGGUACACCUGCCCCAACUGCAGCAUGCUCUCCGCACGGACAGAUGUGCUAACAGCCCACCAGGCCACCCAUAUGCCCACCUCGAGGGUUUACUCAAGGGACAGGAAUUCAAGGCAGUGCGGUGCAUCUUUCUACAUGGAUAGGAUUUUGUGGCUGGCCAAAUACACAUCGUCAUCUUUUUCAUCAGUCUUAGUUCAACUUUUUCAAGUGGUUUUAAUGAAGCUUAAUUAUGAAUCAGAAACUUACCAAUUGAAAAGCUAUGAAUCAAAAGAUUAUGAAUCAAAAAGCUAUGAGUCAAAGAGCCAUGAAUCAAAAGCCAAUCACGGUCACUGUGGGAGGAUGACGGCCCAAGAGCUUUCCAGAGAGGACGGCCUCUCCGGUAUGGACGGGGAGUCCCUGUGUGAUGACUGUAAGGGGAAGAAGCACCUUGAGACACACACGGCUAUCCAGCAGCCAUCCAGUCCACACAGGGUGGCAGGGGCUGUGGGGCACCUCUGCACCUGCACAGGUGACCUGUUGAUGCAAGGACUGCACAGGACCAAAGCUGCUGUGCGGUCUGUCGCCCAAGCUGUGUGGUUGAUGCUCUGGCUGGCCAUUACUGCUCCAGGGAAGGUGGCCUCUGGAACAUUCUGGUGGCUAGGGAGUGGAUGGUACCAGUUUGUUACUUUGAUUUCUUGGCUUAAUGUGUUUCUUCUUACAAGGUGCCUUCGAAAUAUUUGCAAGUACUUUAUCAUGCUCCUCCCACUACUGCUCUUACUAAGUACUGGUUUCUUUCUGUGGGACCAGGACUUCCUGUCAUUCCUACGGGUGCUGAACUGGACAGCCAUGCACACGGCACAGCCACAGGUGUAUGAUUCAGAAGGCAAGAUCAGGCCUGACCCUGCUUCCCCGAGCUUGCCUCCUCAGGCUGACUUUGGGGCUUCCCAGUGGCAUCAGGAGAGUGGUGUGGCGCAGCAGGUGGCUGCUUUGACCAUGCAGUGCCGCAGUUACGACCAGAGACUUGGGGAGUUGGCAGUCUUACUCCAGAAGCUGCAGAUGCGCGUGGACCAGGUGGACAGUGGCAGGGAAGGGCUUUCGCUGUGGGUCAAGGAUGUUGUUGGACAGCACCUGCAGGAGGUGGCAGCUGCAGAAGCACGUGACACGAAGACUGACUUUAUGACUUUCCACCAUGACCAUGAAGUACGUCUCUCAAAUGUGGAAGAUAUUCUUAGAAAGCUGACAGAAAAAUCUGAGGCCAUCCAGAAGGAGCUGGAGGAGACCAAGCUCAGAGCCAACAGCUGGGCAGAGGAUCAACCCCUCCUGGACCGUGUGCAACGCCUGGAGCUGGAGCUGGGCCUGCUAAAGUCACAGCUGUUGGAGUGGCAGCAGCUGAGAGCUGGCUGCGUGCAGGGAGAUGCCCACAUCAGAGAGACUGUGAGGCUCAUGUUCUCUGAGGACCAGUACAGUGGCUUCCUUGAGUCAUUGCUACAGAACUUUUCUUCUCGAUUCGUGAGCAGAGAUGAGCUGCAAGUAUUGUUGGGUGACCUGGAGCUGAAGGUGCUGAAGAACAUCACCCACCACAUCACAGUGACAGGACAGGCUCCAACUUCUGAAGCUAUUGUGUCUGCUGUGAACGAGGCAGGGAUUUCAGGAAUCACAGAAGCACAAGUGCAUGUCAUCGUGAACAAUGCUCUGAAGCUGUAUUCUCAAGACAAGACUGGGAUGGUGGACUUCGCUCUAGAAUCUGGUGGUGGGAGCAUCCUGAGCACACGCUGUUCCGAGACAUACGAGACCAAGACCGCACUUCUGAGCCUGUUUGGGAUCCCUUUGUGGUACUUCUCGCAGUCACCCCGGGUCGUGAUCCAGCCCGACAUCUACCCAGGAAACUGCUGGGCAUUCAAAGGCUCCCAAGGGUACCUGGUGGUUCGGCUGUCCAUGAUGAUCCACCCAACCGCAGUCACCAUGGAGCAUGUUCCAAAGGCACUGUCACCCACUGGCAGCAUUUCGAGUGCUCCCAGGGACUUUGCAGUCUAUGGAUUAGAAAAUGAGUAUCAGGAAGAAGGGCAGCUUCUGGGACAGUUCACCUACAACCAAGAAGGGGAGUCACUCCAGGUCUUCCACCUGAUGGAAGGACCUGAUAGAGCCUUCCAGAUAGUGGAGCUCCGGAUCCUGUCUAACUGGGGCCACCUCGAGUAUACCUGCCUGUACCGGUUCAGAGUCCAUGGAGAGCCCGUCCAUUAGAGGACUCCCAGCCUUGUACAUGUCUGUAUAUACCAGGACACUAUAAUACUGGAACUUGGGGGAAGAGGAUACACGGAGCACAGGAACACAGCACCCUUUAAUAAAUGUGUGGUGGUGUAGUGGCUGGGGACUUGUGUUAAGUCUUCUGGAGUCAAGGUACUGUAUUCAUAGUGCCUCUCUGGAGUGGAGCCUGGGGGACAUUGAAUGUACUCAACUUUUGAUUUGAGAUUGCUUCAGAAUAUGAAGCUCUGUUUCCUGAUGUCAGGACAGACGCACAUGGUCUGGCUGGUUUCUGGGCUCUUGAUGCUUGGAGGUUGAGCUCUGUGUUGGCUUCUGUGUAGAGGAGGGAGGAAGUCUGCCAUCUGAUAACCCACACACCUUUCUUUCAGGGGCAGCUGUCACCCCAACUUCAGAGCCUGACCCAUCCUUAUAGGUUUUCCUUCCCUCAUACCAGGUCCCAGGUGGGGGAGGGGCUGAGUAUGUCCUGGGCCUAGUUUGUGACUCAUUGGGACUUGUUUCACUUGUACCCUUAUAGGACAUGGAGUGGGCUUUUGCUUUCAUGGAAGUUUGGAGUGACCUUAAAGGGCAGUGUAGGUCCAGCCAUACCACAAACUGUUUACUUGGGUCUCUGCCAGGCUGUUCCUGGUGGGAUUCACAGUACAGAUAAGAACCAAGAGACAUCACCCUUUGGUGCCCUCAAACUGUGCUGGAUUUUUCUGAAGGGGAACACUAAGAUGCUGCCCUCCAGGGUGACACUAAUAACUGUCUAGGACUCUUCUUUCCCACAGUAGCACUUUUUACUGGCUCUUGGGUUCACCUCUAUACCACUGUUGGCCCUUCUCACCUGACUCUUGUGAGUCUGUUUGGUUAUAAUUAAUAUUUAAUACUUAGACUUUUUUGAGGAGACUUUAUAAUUGAUAUACAUUCUGGGCACUUAGUGUUCAAAUAUUCCACCUCAAGAACUGUUAAGUUUCAUUGGUUAAGACAGUCAUGGCGCACCACAAAUGUAAACAAGGACACCCUACCCAGGCUUAGGCUUCUGGAGUAUUGGACAUAUUGCGCGCAUCCCUCAAGUGCUGUCGACCAUGUAGGAAUGCAGCCCUCUUUUGGGACUGGAACUGCUGUGUGGCCAGGUCAGGUGACACAUAUUGGAAUUUCCUAUGUAAAACUAAAUUGGGGGGUUGGGUGGAGAUAUUUUGAAUAUUUAUUCUUAAAGAUGCAAGAUAGGAGUUUGUGCAAUGUAUUUUUGUAAGUGCUUUUCAGAAUAUUUGUCUUUGGUAGUGCUUCUACUGCCACCAGAUUGUUGUAAGAUGCUAUUGAGAUGUUUAAAUAGAGUUAAUUUUUAAAAGUGCAUGUGGUAUUUCAAGUGAAUAAUAAAGUAUUUCUUUUCUCA